AUGUGGAACAGAAGCGAGGUUCCCCUGCUAUUCCCCGCUGUGCAGUCCUCCGACCGGCUCCUGCAGCCUCUGUGGGACCACAUCCGCUUCCACUACCGGCCUCUGGUCUCCUCGCCCUUCUUCCCCGUCCUGCUGGCCUUCUCCGCCUACAUCUUCUUCAGCGUCCCUUUCGCCACCCUGGACCUCCUGGGCGAGAAGGCACCUUCCUUGUACCGCUACAAGAUCCAGAAGGGGAGGCGGCCCACGGCGAGGAUGAUGGCGGUGAGCCUCAGCCGGGCGGUCUACAACCACCUGGUGUUCGUGGUGCCCGCCGUGCUUAUCAACAGCUACAUAGUGCCAGCGCCCCCGCUGCCCACCCUGGCCCCCACGGUGCGAGAGGUCCUGGUGGGGGGUCUAGGCGCCCUCCUCGUAUUCGACACGCAGUACUUCAUCUGGCACCUGGUGCACCACAAGAACCGCCACCUGUACAGGUGGGUGCACGCCGUCCACCACGACUUUGUGGCACCCUUCUCCUGGUCCACCCAGCACCUCAGCGCCAUGGAGCUGCUGACCGUGGGCUUCUGGAGCAACAUGGACCCCAUCCUGCUGCGCUGCCACCCCCUCACCACGUGGUCGCUCACCCUCUUCAGCAUCUGGAUGUCCGUGGAGGACCACAUCGGCUACGACAUGCCCUGGACCCUCCACCGCCUGGUGCCUCUGGGUCUGCUCGGGGGAGCGCCUGCCCACGACCUGCAUCAUCAGAGGCCCAGCAGUAACUACGCCCCUUUCUUCGCCCACUGGGACAGGAUCUUUGGAACGGCAGCCAGGCUCGAGGCAGAAAAGACCCUGCUUCAAAAGGAAUGCGACGACUGA